AAUCUGAGAUUUCUUUGCAGUUUUUCAAACGUGGUGUAAGGAUUAACAACUGAACAAGAAUUUCAGAAUGGCAGCUUGGGAAGGAAAGAAGUACAAAUUGGAGAAGUCCGAAAACUUUGAUGCGUACAUGGAAGCCCUCGGAGUUAGCGCAGAAAACCGUAAAUUGGGUAACACUAUAUUCCCAACUGUUUCCCUAGUCAAGAAUGGAGAUGAAUACGAGUACAUCACAGCUUCCACAGUAAGGAAUAAUGUUAUGAAGUUCAAGCCUGGAGUUGAGUUCGACAUGGAUACCUUGGAUGGACGCAAAAUGAAAACUGUUUGCCAAUUCGAAAAUCCCAACAAACUUAUCCAGAAGGAUAGUACAGGAACAAUCAUUCGGGAGUUUACUGACACUGAAUUGGUUUCGACUUGCACCAUCAAUGAUAUAACUGCCGUAAGAUAUUAUAAAGCCGCUUAGAAAGCUCGAUUCCAAGGCUGAGCAACAUUUAAGUGAAAAUUUCCAAUUCUUACGUUAAAAUGUAAAACAUUCAUUUGAGAAAAUUAAAAAUUUUUAAUGAUGAUUUCAUAU